UCUAUGGAGGGCAAGGAGGAAAGAACAUCACGUAGCAAUGAGGAUAUCAUAAACUAUAGAGGAGUUAAGGCCAUGCCAUUUAUCAUUGGAAAUGAGGCUUUUGAGAAGUUAGGAGCAAUUGGCACUCUAUCAAACAUAAUGGUGUAUCUCACUACUUUUUUUAACAUGAAAAUCAUUACAGCUACUUUGCUUAUUAAUAUCUUCAAUGGUACCUCAAAUGUAGCACCAUUGGUGGGUGCUUUCUUAUCUGAUUCCUACUUUGGACACUAUAAGACUCUUGCCUCUGCUUCCAUUUGUUCCCUUUUGGGAAUGAUGAUACUAACUCUCACAGCAGCCAUCUCCAAUUUGCACCCACCAAAAUGUGCAGCAAUGGAGAGCGGUACAUGCAUUGGACCCUCAAAUUGGCAAAUGCUUUUUUUACUAAGUGGAUUCGGAUUCUUAACCAUUGGAGCUGGAGGUAUUCGACCUUGUAAUCUAGCCUUUGGAGCUGAACAGUUCGAUCCAAAUAUUGAAUCUGGUAAGCAAGGCAUCCGUAGCUUCUUCAAUUGGUACUACUUCACCUUCACAUUCGCCAUGAUGAUAUCUGCAACCUUCGUUGUCUAUAUCCAAUCAAACGUGAAUUGGGCUGUUGGAUUGGCGAUUCCUGCAUGUUUAAUGUUCAUGUCUUGUGCACUUUUCUUCUUCGGUUCAAAACUUUAUGUCAAAGUGAAGCCUAAGGGAAGCCCCAUAACUAGUGUGGUUCAAGUUCUUGUUGCUGCUAUUAGGAAGAGGAGGUUAAGCCCACCUCACAACCCUCGUUUUUGCCUCUUUGAUUACAUGCCAAUCGAUUCUCUCAACACCAGGCUUCUCUACACAAAUCAAUUCAGGUGGCUCGAGAAGUCCGCUAUCGUGACUUGCGAAGACCAAACCAAGUCUAACGGAUCAGCUGCCAAUCCAUGGAAACUUUGCAGCAUACAGCAAGUGGAAGAAGCGAAAUGUGUACUAAGAGUAAUUCCUAUAUGGGCAUCAGCCAUAAUUUAUUUUGCCGCUAUUGUUCAACAACAAACUUAUGUUGUUUUUCAGGCACUUCAAUCAGACAGAAGACUUGGCAAUAACGGCUUCAAAGUGCCUGCCGCCUCGUUUAUAAUCUUUUCCAUGCUAACCCUUACAAUAUGGAUUCCCAUCUAUGACCGAAUUUUGAUGCCCUUGCUCCGAAAACUCACUGGAAACGAAGGUGGAAUAACACUUCUACAAAGAAUGGGAAUUGGAAUCGUUCUCUCGAUUCUUACAAUGCUUGUUUCUGCUUUAGUUGAAGAGAGAAGAAGGCAUUUUGCUCUUACAAGAGCAACACUAGGCGUGGCACCUAAAGGAGGAGCUAUAUCAUCUAUGUCCGCUUUAUGGCUAGUCCCUCAACUAGCACUUGCAGGGGUAGCUGAGACAUUCAGUACCAUUGGGCAGGUCGAGUUCUAUUACAGGCAGUUUCCUGAAAAUAUGAGAAGCAUAGCUGGCUCCUUCCUCUUUCUUGGUUUAGCAGGUUCAAGUUAUCUAAGUGGGUUCCUUAUCUCAAUAGUUCACCAUGUCACAGCAAGAUCUCAACAUGGGGAUUGGUUGGCAGAGGAUCUUAACAAAGGGAAAUUGGAUUGCUUUUAUUACAUGAUUGCUGCUUUAGGGUUUCUCAACUUUUGCUACUUUCUGGUGUUUGCCAAGUGGUAUAGAUACAAAGAUAAUAAUAUCGCAAGCACUAGUGAGUUCAGCAUGGAAGGAAAGCAACCUGAGAAGCAUAUUUAUACUUAAACUCAUGCUCAUACUUCCGUAAAUUGCAUAAACUAGAACAUGAUAUAUAUAGCAAGGAAGCAUUGUCAACAAUUAUAUAUGUAUAUAUAUAUGUAGACGCAUACGUACCUGUUGCUUAAAUAUAUAUGAUAUUAAAUGAAUUGGUAUUGAGACUCGCCAACUCCCUGACAGUAUGACUUUAACAGAGAUAAAUUGAGUAAUUUAAGUUUUCUUUCCUUUUUGAUGCAAACCAAAGAAACACCCAUCUUCUAACUUCCUGUUUCACUUUUUUCCAUCCGUUUCCUCGAAUCCAAGAGUGAUGCAAUUUAUGUUACAUGCUGAUCGUAAUGUUUCUCAUUGUAGUUGUAGGUUGUAAUUAUUUUCAAACUUUUUAAAAUAUCAAGUAAAAGCAUUUAAGAAAUGCAGGUCAACUCAACUAAACUUGACAGUCUUGAAACUUAUAUAUACAUAAAUGUUUAGCUCCAAUUUUCUUCUUUUAAUUUUUUUCUUUUUUCAAAUAUUGUAGCUGCUAUAGAUUUCUAAAACUUAUAUUCUAGAUUUCCAGCUACUAAAUAUUUGUGACCAACCCGAUAAACAUUUCUUUAUACCAUCUUCUUUAAAACCGUUGUUAGAGAGCAAUUUUUUUUUUUUUUUUUUUUUUGUUUCUAAGAAUUAUAAAAGUUCAGGAAGAAGAAGUGGUUCAACGGAAUGAAGGAGAAAUUGGAUAGGGUGGGUGGUGGGCUCUGAAUCGAAAUAAGGAAAAAGAGAAUGGAUGGUGAUUUGAGCAAUUUUAGGAAAAAUAAUGACAUGGUUUCUUCCUCUUAUAUAUGGUUCUCCCACUGAAAAAUGAGAGAAUACCGUGUGUAAUUCGUUUCUAUUUCCAACUUAUGAAGAAAAAUUACAACUGAUUCUAGUCAGAUUACAUUGGAGUUACAGAAAUUAAGAGUAAUAAGAUAUGGAAGAAACAAAUCUUCCCAUGUGGAAGUGUUAAUUUGUUCAUUACUGAUUAAAUUGUUAAAUAAACAAAAAGUUGGGAAUUUCAAAACCAAAUAUAUUAAAUAAUAUAACUCAUGGAAAGAGGGAGACUUGUAAAGCUGUUUUGUCAAGGAACCGGAGAGUUCAUUAAGAUCAAAAGGCCAAAGCCAUGCCAAUCUAAAGUUUGUCUAUGGCUUGCUUGUUAAUAGCAAUUGCAAUCUCUUUCUGGCUA